AUGAAGGAUGUUCAGCCUUCUUUGGAUUUUGAGGAUAGGAAAGCAUAUAGGAAACGUGCUAUUUUAAGAUGGAAACAACAAAGACUUGAACGGAAAAAAGGUUACAUAAGGAAAUCUAUUUCAAAGCAAGAAAAUCGUAAAAAUAAGCAUAAUAUUGCUGGUCAUGCAACAGGUAGAGCUCUAUUAAAGUUCGUUCCUGUUGUUGCUGAUAUCUUACCUUACGUUCCUGACUGUCAUCAUUGUGGUGCUUUAAAGUUCUAUUCAGAAACAUCGGGUUUUUGCUGUUUAGAUGGCAGUGUUGUCUUGUAUAGUAAUCAUCUUCCAACAGUCAUGAUUGAACUUCUAACUUCAGACUGUCACCAAGCAAAGAAGUGUAUAAAAUAUCUUCAACAUAAUCCAUACGCUUAUUUUCUCCACAGUUUGAAGAAUAUUGGAGACUUGGAUACUUAUAAGAUUGUUCUUAAAACUGUUGCUGUUCAAGACCAAAGAGUCUAUAAUAAACCCGAUGUGUCGCAGGUUGCUGCAAUUUGGGUAGACGGUGAAGAUAAUGGGGAGUGUGGUCCAAGAGAUAUCCGAGUUACAACCCAUCAAGCUGACUCUAGAAAUAUAAAGUACAAUAACAACCGAAAGGAAAUAAAUGACUUGCUAUCAGUCACAAACUACCGAAGAAAUGAUUUCCUUCUACCAUAUCCAGCUGAAACAAACAUAUCUUCUAUUCUUUCUGCAACUUCACGUUUCGACACUAUGAAAACUGCUUGGGUGAAAGGCACCCUGAGUCAUCCUGAACAAGAACGUAACUUAUCAUACACUGCCUGUUCCAAUUGCUUCAAGUCUAUAGAAGCUGACACAACUUGGAUUGUUACCUGUCCUUCUUGUCACAUCGAAUCAGAAAUUCAACAGAUGUUAACUAUUUUGAUUGCGGAUGAAAAUGGAGUGAUGAAAGCAAAUUUACACACACCUGAAAUUGAAAAGUUUAUACCUUUCUCUCCAAAAGAUGUGCAAAUCAGUGAAGAAACUGGUGAGACUCUAUGCAAUUCCAUUGCCACUGCAAUCAACUCUGUUUAUAUUGUUGCUUUCGUUCGUGCAUACGAAGUGCAUUUUCAAGGAACAACAGACAUCAAAGUGAAUAUUGUUAAAGCUUACAAAGUAAAUGAUCAUGCUGAUGUGUCAAAUGAGUCUGAUAACAUGGUCCAUAGAUCAAACAUCGGUGAAGGCACAUCAACAACCAAAAAUGUGUCUUCUCUUGCAGCCAUAGUUCCUUUGCCAUCGGCUGGUGAAAUUGAAAAACCUGUUGAAGUUAAGAAUUCAAAGCAAGUUCCUGUUAUAUACUUGCUUCCAAAGAAUAAGCCAGAACCAAUUCUAAUGACAAAGCAUCUUGUUCCAGAAAUUCCAAGUUCCAGCUCCUCUCCAAUUGAACAAAAAGUUUCUGAAUCGGUCCCACCUUUAGCACUUCCUGUGAAAGAAGAUGUUCCUCGGGCAAGCAAUCCAAGGCCCUCCAAAAAAACAAAGUAA